AUGUCUUCAGCGGAAGUAGCCAGAUCCUCCUCGGACAACAACAAUACACCGAACAAUGCGGCGGCCCCUCGUGCGGAGCUUGAUAUCACAAAGCUGCAUGCGCUGCCCUCCGAACAGCAGGACCUCUACCUCCUAACUUUCACCUCCGACCUCGUGCAGCACAUCUCGGCCCUCGACAAGGCGCAGGUAUGCGCUCAGCAGAAAUUCCUCAAGCAGGAGCUGUUCAAGGUCCUUACGCUCACAUCCCCCGCUAUCACGCGAGUUAUCCGCAACAAUCUCGGCCGGUGUUUUGGGGCUAUUUUCACCAAGGGUGAUCGAGGGAUAUUAUUUGAGACGGUUACGGAUUUGCUGGGGGUGUUGAAUGCCGGGAAGAACGAGGCCGACCUUAGGACCAAGUUCGCUGCUGCUUAUUGCUUGGGUGACGUCUUUGCUACUGCGGGGGAGAGUGUCUUUGCUCAGUCGGGAAUCGUUGUCUCAAGCCUGCUGAAGCUCUUAAAGCCGUCGAGUAAUCACACAGGAUGUCGUGGGUCUGUCUUUUCUAUUCUGCGCAAGGUAAUCGGCGGUACUGGAGUCCCUGUGGAUGAAGGAGCAGCGCGAGAUAUCUGGAAGCAGGCACGCAAUGCUGCGACAAGUGACAAAUCGACGUUUGUGCAGGUACACGCGUGUCGAUGUCUCGAGCAAUUGCUCCAGACGACUCCGUACUUCGAUAACGCAAACGACUUUGAGACUCUCAAGGCAGUGGUAUGGAAGGUCAUCGAUAGCCCGCUGGCGCCCGUCAGACAUGCGAUCGCUGCCUGCCUCGCGCGGGCAUUGACGAAAUUGCAUGCGAAGGAUGCUCGAGUUAUGCCCGCUCCGAAGCCCAAGAAAGCGAAGAGACAGUCAAAAAAGCCAGGGCCUAGACCGGGAGAAGACGAGGAUGAAGCCGAAGUCUCUGAGUCCUCGGUUCCUAAGAAAUCAGAGGCCCGGUUGUACUUCCUGCUUCCUGAUCUUCUCCGUCAACUCUCGUCGCAAUAUCUCCGAAGUACGACCUCUAACCGCGCCCGAGCGGGAAUCGCCGUUUGCUAUAAGCACGUCUUACGUAUACUGGGGGAUAAGAUUGUUGAAGAGCGGUAUGGACAGAUUGCGAACCAUCUAUUGUUCGACCUCCUCAAUCAUCCCACGGUGACGUAUAACCGGUUUCGGCUGCUCAUGACGAGAAGAGUCGUUGGAAGCAUCCUUGAGGAAACUGUCGGCCGCGACUCACUCCGGGAAAACAGUCAACUCACUGCAGCCAAAUGGCUGAUCAACGAGGUGCUAAAGGAUUACCCGCAAGUCGUCCAGGAGCGCCCCGAGCCUAGCAAGUAUACCCUUACUAGUGCUCUUAGUGCUCUAGCUUCGCUCAUCUCGUCACUCGGGUCUGCGUUCGCUUCUCUGGCUGAAAGCUGCCGUGAUGCAUUGCUCCAGGUUCUCGCCCACCCCAGCUAUACCGUCCAAAUUCAUGCCGCGCACUGUCUACGAACUUUUGUUCUUGCUUGCCCACAUCAAUUGCUAUCAUGCGUCACUAUCUGUCUCAACAGUCUCAAUAGAGAAGUCGCUCAGUUGUCAACUCCACGGCAAUCACCGCGACGCUGUGUCGGUUACGCCAAUGGAAUGGCUGCAAUGCUGAGUACAUCUCGAUUGCAACCGCUCUAUGGUUCUGUGGAAAUCUAUUCCCGCGUCUUCACCCAAGCCACCGAUCUUUUGAAAACAAGCAGCAACUCUGAGCUUCGGGCAGCCGGUACACAAAUCCAAGUAGCAUGGAUUCUUAUUGGAGGCUUGAUGCCACUUGGACCUAGCUUUGUGAAAAUCCACCUCUCUCAACUCAUGCUUCUAUGGAAGAACGCGCUACCCAAGCAUCUAAGCCAAGAGAAUUCGGCAAAAAAGAGCCUUUUGGAGACGAGUUUUUUAGCUCAUGUCAGAGAAUGUGCCCUUGGAGCCCUGCUCGCAUUUAUGGAGUUUAAUGGUAAGAUGAUAACCGCGGAUGGAGCGAGACGAAUUGCCGCCAUGCUGCAAAACACCGUUGAGUUUCUGGACGAGAUCCCGCGGCAGAAGUCGGUAAUGGAUAUAUCACAGCGCCUGCACCCUUCGCUGCAGUUGCAUGAUAUUGAGACCAUGGUCCGGCGCCGUGUCCUUCAGUGCUUUGCCAAGCUUCUCUAUGCGCACCCGCUCAGUCACGCAGAUGUCAUUUCUCAGUCUAGUCUUCUGAGUUUGGCGAUUUCCUCCUUUGCCGACCCUGAUGCUACGCAACCGAAUCCGCUAGAGAGUUCGAUUGCAGCGUCGACUGCACAGUUUGAUAACCUCUGGGAUUUGAGCGAUAACUUCGGGUUCGGAGUUACGGGCCUGGCAAGGGAUUAUGUUCGCGCCACUUUCUCCGGUAAGCACGAGGGCGAAAGUGGCCCUGCCUGGUCUGCGCUUGAACCUGUGGACCGAGUCGUAGAUGAUGCUGUAAGUAAAUCCCGGUAG